AUGGGACUUCCAAUUGUUAUCCUUAUGGGUAAAAUUCCACUAAUUGGCUGUGGGGGUGUUAGCAGUGGUGAGGAUGCAUACAAGAAGAUACGAGCAGGAGCAACUCUUGUUGAGCUUUAUACAGCAUUUGCCUAUGGGGGACCUGCCCUUGUACCCCAGUUGAAGGCUGAACUUGCCCAGUGCUUAGAGAGGGAUGGUUUCAAGUCAAUCUAUGAGGCAAUUGGAGCAGAUUGCAGAUAGCCACAAUAGACCAGCCAAUUUUGGAGCUUCAAUUGGAUUUUCCACCUAAAAACGUGUUGAGUUAUACUUUUAAUGUAUAUUGCUAAUUUCUCUUUUACUUUAUUUUUCGGUCUACAUUUUGCCAUUCUUUUGUCAGGCUUAGGAUGUUUGACAUGUAACACGGGAGAAGGUCUUGGUUUUAUUUAUGGCUCACAUUUUUCUGUCUUCCCAUUCAAUUGAUAUUUAAUGCAAUAGAGAGGGAGCAGACACAUAAG